AGGUGAGACGCCAGGUCUCCAGGGCUCCAAUCACUCCGGGAGACUGAGCCAUGGGCGGAAAGCAGGAGGAGGGCGAGGUCUCUGGGAAACCAGCCAAAUAUGAUCCCUCCUUCCGAGGCCCCAUCAAGAACAGGGGCUGCACAGAUGUUAUCUGCUGCGUCCUCUUCCUGCUCUUCAUUUUGGGAUACAUCGUGGUGGGGAUUGUGGCCUGGGUGUAUGGAGACCCCCGGCAAGUCCUCUACCCCAGGAACUCUACUGGGGCCUACUGCGGGAUGGGAGAGAACAUAGAUAAACCGUAUCUCCUGUACUUCAACAUCUUCAGCUGCAUCCUGGCCACCAACAUCAUCUCGGUGGCUGAGAAUGGCCUACAGUGUCCAACUCCCCAGGUGUGCGUGUCCUCCUGCCCAGAGGCCGCAUGGACUGUGGGAGAGAAUGAGUACUUGCAGACAGUCGGGGAGGUCUUCUAUACUAAAAACAGGAACUUUUGUCAGCCGGGGGUACCCUGGAAUAUGCCAGUGCCCCAAAGCCUGCAACAGGAGCUGUGCCCCCGUUUCCUCCUUCCCUCUACUCCAGCUCUGGGGCGUUGCUUUCCAUGGACCAACAUCACCCUCCCCGAACUCCAAGGGUUCAGUGGCAACACCACCAUCAUUCAGGGGAUCAGCGGCCUUGUUGACAGCCUCAAUGCCCGAGACAUCAGUGUUAAGAUCUUUGAAGACUUUGCCCAAUCCUGGUAUUGGAUUCUUGUUGCCCUAGGCGUGGCUCUGGUCCUGAGCCUCCUAUUUAUCCUGCUUCUGCGCCUGGUGGCCGGGCCCAUGGUGCUGGUGCUGAUCCUGGGGGUGCUAGGGGUGUUGGCAUACGGCAUCUACUACUGCUGGGAGGAGUACCGAAUGCUGAGGGACAAGGGUGCCUCCAUUUCCCAGCUGGGCUUCACCACCAACCUCAGUGCCUACCAGAACGUGCAGGAGACCUGGCUGGCUGCCCUGAUCGUGUUGGCUGUGCUGGAAGGCAUCCUGCUACUGAUGCUCAUCUUCCUGCGGCAGCGGAUUCGUAUUGCCAUCGCUCUCCUGACGGAGGCCAGCAAGGCUGUGGGGCAGAUGAUGUCUACCAUGUUCUACCCGCUGAUCACCUUUGUUCUCCUGCUCAUCUGCAUUGCCUACUGGGCCACAACUGCUCUGUACCUGGCUACAUCGGGACAACCCCAGUAUGUCCUCUGGGCACCCAACGUCAGUGUCUCUGGCUGUGAGAAAGUGCCAAUAAAUACAUCAUGCAACCCCAUGGCCCAACCUUUGAACUUCUCAUGCCCAGGGCUGACGUGCGCCUUCCAGGGCUACUUGUCCACAGGCCUAGUACAACGUUCUCUCUUCAACCUGCAAAUCUAUGGGGUCCUGGGGCUCUUCUGGACCCUUAACUGGGUACUGGCCCUGGGUCAGUGCGUCCUGGCUGGAGCCUUUGCCUCCUUCUACUGGGCCUUCCACAAGCCCCGGGACAUCCCUGCCUUCCCCCUGACCUCUGCCUUCAUCCGCACACUUCGUUACCAUACCGGGUCGCUGGCAUUUGGAGCCCUCAUCCUGACACUUGUGCAGAUAGCCCGGGUCAUCUUGGAGUACAUUGACCACAAGCUGAGAGAAGCGCAGAACCCAUUAGCCCGCUGCAUCAUGUGCUGCUUCAAGUGCUGCCUGUGGUGUCUGGAAAAGUUUAUCAAGUUCCUAAACCGCAAUGCAUACAUCAUGAUCGCCAUCUAUGGGAAGAAUUUCUGCGUCUCUGCCAAAAAUGCCUUCAUGCUGCUCAUGCGGAACAUUGUCAGGGUGGUUGUCCUGGAUAAAGUCACAGACCUGCUGCUGCUCUUCGGGAAGCUGCUGGUGGUUGGAGGCGUCGGGGUCCUGUCCUUCUUUUUUUUCUCUGGUCGCAUCCAGGGACUGGGUAAAAACUUUGAGAGCCCUCAUCUCAACUAUUACUGGCUGCCCAUCAUGACCACCAUCCUGGGGGCUUAUGUCAUCGCCAGUGGCUUCUUCAGCGUGUUUGGCAUGUGUGUGGACACACUCUUCCUCUGUUUCUUGGAAGACCUGGAGCGGAACGACGGCUCCCUCGACCGGCCCUACUACAUGUCCAAGGGCCUUCUGAAGAUCCUGGGCAAGAAGAAUGAGUCGCCCUCGGGGAACAAGAAAAGAAAGAAGUGAGAGACCCGGCCCUGAUCCGGGAUUGUAUCCCGCCUGCACAGCCGUCCAGCCUUAUUUCGCCUUACAAAUUUCAAUUCUGUAGUUAAAAGA